CAGGGCCCUGAGAUCCUGACCUGAGCCAAAACCAAGAGUGGGCCACUCAGCUGAGCCACCAGGCGCCCUGCCUGCUUCAGAAUUUUGACCCCCACCUGGCUUGACCUUUAACCCUCCCAGGAGGCCCGGCCCACGCUUGCCUACACUUGUGCUUGCAGACAUCUACACACUCCACAUCUGCCCCACAGCCAUCCGUCCUGAGCCCACUGUCCCUUCCCCUCCUGCUCCUCCCAUGGUCUACUGCUUGCUCGUGCCCCCCUGUGCGCCCCUGGCAGACUUUGGCCUCGCCAACCGGUCGGGCCUCAAGAACUCGCUGCUGAGCACCUUCUGCGGCUCUGUGGCCUACACAGCUCCCGAGAUCCUCAUGAGCAAGGAGUACAAUGGGGAGCAGGCCGACCUGUGGAGCCUGAGUGGUACCCACAGGCUCCCCAGCAUAGGACCCAUGGGGGGGCAAGAGAGGAGGCAUGCCCUGAGGAGCCUGUGUCCCCGGGGCAUCGUCCUUCAUGCCGUGGUGACUGGGGAGCUGCCCUUGAAGGGGCACCAGGCCCACCACAUGCUGCACCUGAUGCGCCACGGCCCACCUUCAGGCCAGGCACGUACCCAGAGUGCCAGGACCUGAUCCGGGGCCUGCUACAGCUACGCCCGCGUGCACGCCUGGACCUGCAGCAGGUGGCCGCCCACUGCUGGAUGCUGCCCGCCGCGCAGGCCCUCUUCUGCACCAUGCUCAGCUUGGCGCCAGAGAAGCCAGCUAAGUCCCAGCUGCCCACAACCCUUGACCACACGGAGCGCGGCAGAGACUCAGAGCCUCCGAGGCAGCUCCUGCAGCUGCGGC